AUGGCUAGAUUGCCUGCAAAGUUUCUGAUGAAGACCCACCAAAAGAAGCGCAAGGAGCGAGAUCGUAACGAGGACGAAGAGAGCGACAAGAGCCCAAGUAAGCUAGAUCCGAUCCCUUCAGAUGUAGAGGUGGAGAUACUGAGUAGAUUGCCGGGAAAGUCUGUUAUCAAGUUUCGAUGCGUAUCCAAGAUGUGGUCUUCCAUCAUCCGCAGCCAAAUAUUCGUCGAUUCCUUCUUCUCUGUGUCCUCAAGGCGAUCCCGAUUUAUAAUCGCUUUCAGUAACAGUCGUUUGUUCAUAUUCUCUUCUUCACACGAGGGAGAGGAAUCUUCUUCUUUGGCUGCCAAUCUCGACAUGGAAAUACCUUCACUGACCUUGGCUCACGGCUCCAACUGUCCUUCCCUUGAUGGCUUUAUCGUUUCUUGUCAUGGUGCUCACUUCACUAUUUGUAACCCUACCACUGGGCAAGUCAUCACCUUUCCCACCAAAGGGACGCUCACAGUUUUGGGUUACGAUCCUCUUCAUCAUCAAUUCAAAGCAUUGUCCCUGCUGCGCUCUCCUUCUCCUCCUCCUGGCCAGGAUCAUUAUUGUGAGAUGCACGAGGUUUUAACACUUGGAGCAGGAGGAGAAUCACGCAAUCAGGUUAUCACCCCGCCUUAUCGCCCUCUAACUAGGGGACUAUGCAUCAAUGGUUUUGUGUAUUAUGGUGCUUGGUCCCCAGCACCAACCAAUCCGGUGAUUGUGUGUUUUGAUGUUAGAUAUGAGAGGCUAAGCUUUAUCAAAGUGCCCAAGAGUGUCCUGUCUAUGCAGAGUGAUUCUAUGUUGAUAGAAUACAAAGGGAAGUUAGCUUCCAUUGCAAGACCCCCAUUUGCUCCUUUCCACAGUUUUGAUUUAUGGAUACUAGAGGAUGUGAAGGAACAUGAUUGGUCCAAACAAACAUUUGAGCUUCCCUUCCCUCUCGUCAAUAUGACUUCUCCUGGCACCAACAAGGCUGGUGAAAUCAUUUUCGCCCCAAAAACUCUCCCACACGAUGCCCAACCCUUCUUCAUUUUGUACUACAAUCUAGAAAGAAAAGACAUCAGAAGAGUUCAGAUCCACGGAAUUGCAGACGAUCAAGGGUUUAGGCGCCGCUAUCGACUCUCAGGCAGUUGUUGUGUCUCUAUCUCACCCCACCAUGUUGAAAGCAUUGCCUCUUUUUAA